UCAAGAUGGCAGCCCCCGAAAACUCCAAGAUUCGAUGGCGUAGUGUUUGUAUCGGAAAAAUCACUGUAAUAGUAUGUACAAUACUAACAAUAUUAACUCAGAAAUGCUCAGCGUUACCAGACUUUCCUUCUGUAACCUACGAGAUGAUGUACAGUGCCGGACUUGACGCAUAUUCCAACCAGAAAUGGAGCGAUUGUAUGAAGUUUAUGUCUCGAGCCAUUGAAGAUUAUCAUUUUUACACAGAAACUCUUGCAGAAUGUAGACGAUUGUGCACCAAAGCAAACAAAUUCAAUACUCAAAAACCGGUGGAUAUGCAGCUAGCUAUCUUUGGAAACUAUGUAUAUAAGUCAAACUGCAUUAGAAAGUGUAAAAUGACUAAAUUUAAAACUCGACCUGACAACUACAGUGCCGAAGUUGAUGAGGCCUUUGAAAAUCUGAAGCCGUAUGAUUAUUAUCAGCUCUGUGCUUUCAAAAUACAACUUUAUCAGCAUGCUGCUGCUGCUGCCUAUACAUUCCUGCUAAGUAACAAAGACAAUGAGGCCAUGCAGAAGAAUAUCCACUACUAUCGAAGCCUGCCCCAAGUGAAAGAUGAAUUUUUUGUAAACUUGGAAGAAAAACCUUAUCAGACAUGA